GUUUCAGUGCCCAAGCUGAACGUGAACGAGGUUCUGGUGCCGGGCUCGCUAGCGCUUGUCUUUGAUAUCGACCUUUCUGGAGGGCACGCCAACAACUUCCUUGUCCAGAACGUCACGCGGGCGCUCGUUGACAGGCUGCUCGUGAAGUUUGGAGGCACUACCCUGCAAGACACAGUUGGAUACGGCCUCUACAAAAUCUUUGAUGACCUUUUCCUUUCGCAGGAAAAGCGAGACGGCAUGAUUCUCGAAGGGAUUCAGAGCGAGGAUCUAUGCAAGAUCCGCUCAGGUGUGGGAGACAAGAAAACCUCGGGCGUCGACGCUGAAAACAAGCUGAAAGAGGUAUACGGAAGCAAAUACCGGAUCAGGCUAGACCAUCAGAUCGUAACUGACAACGGCGUUUUCUACCCCCAGGCCCUUUACAACGACCUCGUAUUCGAAAUAACCCUUGCUGAACAUGUGGUCAAAGGCUCUGAUACAACCCAGCUGAAAUACAAGAUGAGCAACAUCCAGCUCGAGUACGAAAUGAUCCUCAACCAGACUCUGGCAGACGAGGUGUACAGCGUUUACUCUAGCGGCAAAGAGUUCGCCUAUGACCACGUGAUGCGUUCUGAAGUGGUGAUCUUCAAAAAAGACACCGACACGAGGAUCAACAUCAAAGUCGACGCCCAAAAAAGGUCACUAAAAGCCAUCCUGUUACUGUUCAUAGAGCCGUAUGGUGAUGGUGCCAGAGAUUCAGAAAAAUACGUCUUCCCGGAUCUGACGAAAGUCAGCGUCACGAUCAACGGCUCGCCCAACAUGAUUUACAACAACGGCGUCGAAGGCAAGGACAUGUGGGAAGAGGCCGAACGCUUCUUUGUGAAGGAAAAAAAUAAGACCGAGCACAAAGUUUUACACCGGGCAUAAUUUCGGGCUUCUGAUAGAUACGCGCUCCAUGGCGGCCCAAGAAAUGCACGGAAGUGGCAAGCGCCUUAUGAACAGUACAGACGGUGUCCAGCUGGAAAUCGAGAGGAAAGCCGAAGGCUCAGGCGACGUGAACUGCCACGUAUUCGUUAUCGCCGACUCCCAGUUCAACAUUAUUGACAGACAACUAGAAUCUGUGCAGAAUUGAAUUGAACAUGGACCCAAGCAAGUUGCCCUUCAACGCUCUCAUCGUGGGGCCGACGAAUUCAGGCAAAUCGAGGUUUGUGGUGGACCAGAUCUACGGCAUUUUCCGCUUCAAGUUCGACUACAUCGUUCUAAUCUGCCCGACAUUCGCGCACAACAAGACCUACUACCGAAUUGGUGAAAAUGAUCCAAGAAUGGCUGUGAUAAUAUGCGAGUAGCACGACGUGGAAAAGUGGUUGAAGAUGGUGAGAUGGCUUUUCGAGGGCACAAACGCGCUCAUAAUACUCGAUGACUGCGCAGCCUCCAAAGAUGUGAAAGGGCGUACAGGCGAGC